AUGAAUCCAACCAAGUCAGUAGUCACCAAAAAAAUAAAAAAUAAAAGAGAAGAAUUCGAACGGGUGGUCGGGUUGUAAUAAAACAAAAAGCUGUGGUGUUUAGACGAUAUCCAAUGUGGCCCGUUUCAGCAGCGAUCGUGUCUGCUCCUGUUUCCAUUCCAAACCUUUACUUCCCUAAAGCAAAAAGAACACAAAAGCUUCAUUAUGGUGCCCUCAAAUGCUCGUUUGGUCAUUCCAGCCCCAGACUCAGAGUUUCUGCCCUCAAGGAUCAGUUGCCGGAUUCCGCAACUACUCCCGAAGAUGAAGGUAGAAAGCUUUCUUCAUCUGAUAAUAAAAGGGGUGGCGGCGGGGGAUUUGAUUACGGGUGGUUGCCUGCUUUUCCUCAUGUUCUCGUUGCUUCCAUGUCCAAUUUUAUAUUUGGGUAUCAUAUUGGAGUAAUGAAUGGCCCUAUUGUUUCUGUUGCUCGAGAGCUUGGCUUUGAUGGAAACUCAUUUCUUGAGGGACUUGUUGUCAGUAUUUUUAUUGCUGGUGCAUUUAUUGGGAGCUUAAUUGCUGGUCCUUUGGCAGAUAAACUUGGUUGUCGGCUCACAUUUCAGAUUGAUACCAUACCCUUAAUUCUUGGGGCUAUAACAAGUGCAAAAGCCCACUCGUUGAAUGAUAUACUUGGAGGAAGAUUUCUGGUUGGUCUUGGUAUCGGCGUGAAUACAGUUCUUGUUCCCAUAUACAUAUCUGAGGUUGCUCCGACAAGAUACAGGGGGGCACUAGGCUCUUUAUGUCAAAUCGGCACUUGUGUUGGCAUUAUUGCUUCAUUAUUUCUUGGAAUUUCUUCUGAGAAUGAUCCACAUUGGUGGAGGACAAUGUUGUAUAUUGCGAGUGUCCCUGGUUUUGUUGUUGCACUUGGUAUGCAGUUUGCUAUCGAGAGUCCACGGUGGCUUUGUAAGGCUGGGAGAAUGGAUGAAGCUAAAACAGUAAUACGGGAGCUUUGGGGUGCAUCUGAAGUAGAGAAUGCAAUUGAAGAAUUUCAGUCUGUCAGCAUGAGUGAUGGCAGUGAUUUGGACAGUAGAUGGUCAGAGAUCCUGGAGGAACCACAUUCUAGAGUUGCCUUUAUUGGAGGGACUCUUUUUACACUUCAGCAGUUUGCUGGAAUAAAUGGAGUUCUAUACUUUUCAUCAUUGACGUUCCAAGAUGUUGGAAUUCAAAGCAGUGCUUUGGCAAGCUUAUUCGUUGGACUUACUAACUUUGCAGGUGCACUCUGUGCUUUAUACUUGGUUGAUAGGGAAGGAAGACAGAAACUUCUAAUAGGAAGCUACCUGGGGAUGGCAAUUUCUAUGUUUCUUGUGGCUUUUUCUGUCGUAUUUCCAUUGGAUGAGCUGCUAAGCAACAACUUAUCAAUACUGGGAACUAUCAUGUAUAUAUUCUCUUUUGCAAUUGGAGCUGGUCCUGUGACAGGAAUAAUUAUUCCGGAGCUUAGCAGCACAAGGACUAGGGGGAAGAUCAUGGGGGUCAGUUUUUCUACCCAUUGGGCGUGCAACUUUGUAGUGGGCUUAUUCUUCCUUGAGUUGGUGGAGAAAUUCGGAGUUGCACCAGUAUAUGCCAGCUUUGGAGCAGUUUCUUUGGUAGCUGCAGCAUUUGCCUAUUACUUCAUCGUAGAAACCAAGGGGCGGUCGCUUGAAGAAAUUGAACGGUCUUUGAACCUGAAAGCAUGAGCAUUAGAGUUUCAUGACAACAUGUCAUCCAUGUACAUGACAGGCCUUAACCGAUUGAAAAAGGGCAGGAUAUUGCAACAUUGAUCUCUGGCUGGGGUCCUUAAUCCGUGCAACAAGCCUUUAUUGGAAAACGAAUGAGUUUGCAUCCCUGCAAGGUUAGCAGCUUGUAUUAUUGAUCAAUGUACAGCGAAAUUUUGAUAUGUUUGUAUUCCCAAACUUGAGCUGUUUCUACCGAAUGCUAUAUGUAACUUUGACUGCUGACUACUACACCAUGUUAAAGUAUACUCAUUAGAACUUAGCAGUAGAAGUUAAUUUGACGCAUAUCUUUUUCAUUUCCUUCUCCAAUGCUGGUUGUUUGAGUCAUAUGCUUGUAAGCAAUACAUAAUAAUUCUAUAAUUUCUUUCUCUUAAA